CAGGGGGCACGUGGUACUUCCGAUACGCACACCAGACCCAUGUGUACCUUCACGUGCUUGGUGAAUAUUUUGUCUGAUUGGUAACAAACAAAUGCUGUAAUUUCGGAGUGAAAUACAUAUUUUUUUAUUACUCUUGAGUGUGUGGAGAGUCCUUCAUCAUGCCGAAGCUGUUCAUCCUCUACGAGCACGCUGCAGGCUAUGCAGUGUUCGGCGUAAAAGAAUUCGAGGAAAUCGGUAUGCUCCUCCCCCAGGUGGAGGCAUCAGUGACCGAUCUGUCUCGUUUCAACGCCAUCGUGAAGUUAACUGGCUUCUCUCCCUUCAAAACCGCCCUCGCAGCGUUAGAAAGCAUCAACAGCAUCUCCGAGGGCAUAGUCCCCGAGGACCUGAAGCUCUUCCUGGACACCUGCAUUCCUAAAUCCGAGAAGAAAUCCAAGUACGUCCUUGGAGUCUCUGACCCAAAGCUCGGUGCCAGUAUAACCGAGGCCCUGAACAUAAAAUGUGACCACACAGGGGCAGUUCCUGAGAUAAUUCGAGGGAUUCGUUUCCACUUCCACCACUUGGUGAAGGGCCUGACAGCCCAGACAUCCGGGGUCGCCCAAUUGGGACUUGGCCACAGCUACUCUCGAGCUAAAGUCAAAUUCAACGUCAAUCGUGUCGACAACAUGAUAAUUCAGAGUAUCGCCCUUUUGGAUCAACUGGACAAGGACGUCAACACCUUCAGCAUGAGGAUCCGUGAGUGGUACAGCUAUCACUUCCCAGAGCUCGUUAAAAUUAUCCCUGAGAAUUACACCUACGCUAAAGCCGUGAAACUGAUAAAAGACCGGAAGGAAUUGAACGAGGACAAAUUGGAGGCUCUCGAGGAGAUUGUGAUGGACAGUGGAAGGGCCCAGGCGAUCAUAGCAGCCUCGAAAACGUCCAUGGGAAUGGAUAUAUCGGCCGUGGAUCUCCUGAACAUCGAUAUGUUCGCUGGGCGAGUGAUUGCCCUUGCUGACUAUCGAAAACAGCUGGCUGAGUACCUCAGAACGAAGAUGAGUGGAGUGGCACCAAAUCUGGCGACUCUGAUUGGAGAUCAGGUUGGAGCUCGACUGAUUGCACACGCUGGAUCGUUGACGAAUCUAGCAAAAUAUCCGGCGUCCACUGUGCAGAUAUUGGGGGCGGAGAAGGCGCUGUUCAGGGCUCUCAAGACCAAGGGAAACACUCCGAAAUAUGGACUCCUCUUUCACUCCACUUUCAUUGGCAGAGCGGGGACGAAGAACAAGGGUAGGAUAUCCAGGUAUCUUGCGAAUAAAUGCUCGAUUGCAUCGAGAAUCGAUUGCUUCACGGAUAUUCCGACGACUGUGUUUGGGGAGAAACUCAGACAACAGGUGGAGGACAGACUCAAGUUUUACGAAACUGGGGAUAUUCCGAAGAAGAAUAUCGAUGUUAUGAAGGAGGCACUGGAGGAAGCUGCAAUUAUUGUCGGGGCAGAGGAGGAGAAGACUGCAGAGGCUGAUGAGUCCAUCAAGAAGAAGAAGAAGAAGGCGAAGAAGAGGAAGAAUGAGGAGACAAAUGGAGAGGUUAAUGGCGAGGCAAACGGGGCUGGAGAGGCAAAUGGAGAGGUUGAGGCCAAUGGUGAGGCGGACGGCGCACCUCCCAAGAAGAAAAAGAAGAAAAAGUCCAAGAGCAUUACUGAGUAAUUUUUUUUUCCUUCGUGGGGAGUUGAUUGAGGUUUUAUAAAAUUCGUGGUUAUUUUUUUUUGCGAUAAAAAAAUUGUCUUUCGUGGUAUUUCUUGACUUUAUUAAUACAAUAGACAGACCUUGACAGGCAAGUGGAAAACAAGACUUCAAUUAUUCCUUCGAUUCCGGUAAAAAAUAUAGUUUGUAAUUAUAACUUUUUUCUCGCUCCGAGGUUGGGGGAGAUUUAAUAAAUAAAUAAUAAACAGUUAAUCAGAUUUUUUUUUUAUUAUUCUACGAGAAAAGUGAAUGUUCUGGAGUUCAGGGUGAAAAUAAAAUGAAACGACAUUUAACACCAGCACCAAUGAGCAUUUUUAAUGAGAAAAAAAAAAUAAAAACUAUCGACAACAUAACUACAACCAUAAAAUUGAAUACAAUGAUAUAAACAGAAUGUCUUCAUCAAUUGAUACGAAAAAAUAAAAUUCCUUUAAUGAUUA